CACCAAUCUGAUUUCCCCCCGCGCUGCUGUUAUUCAAUUGCAUGCCACUUCCGGCAUGCUCUGAUAUUCUCCUCUGAUACGAAACAGUAUGGGGGUUGAUCGCAGAAAAGCUGCCGUUUUCGGUGGUGCUUUUGCUCUGCGACUUCUGCUACUGGUGUUGUUCCCUUCGCUCCCCGACUUGUUGACUGGCCGAGUUGAGGUCUCGACCCCGGUCACCAGCUUCAAACGACUACAAGAAGGUCUUUUUCUCUAUACUCGCAAUGUUUCCCCCUAUGAUGGAGGCGUCUUCCAUCAGGCGCCACUUCUUCUUCCGAUUUUCUCGCUGCUGCCCAGCUCCCCAGGCUUCCCCUUUCCGACGGUCGUGCUAUACUCUCUGAUCGAUUUGAUAAACGCAAACGCCCUGAUCACAAUUGCGGAGUCGGGGUGGGCAGUCUCAGGGCGAUCGUACUCGGCGAUACGGAAGCAUAUCAGGUGGGACGGGGUGACAAUCGCAGCAUGGUUCUUGUUUAACCCCUUCACCAUCGCAACAUGUCUGGGCCGGUCCACCGCGGUCUUCACCUCGAUCGGAAUCCUGUACGCGCUUUCUAGUGCCGUGACCGGAAAGACCUUCAACUCGAUGCUCGCACUGGGCUUUGCCUCGUAUCUAUCGAUCUACCCGGCGUUACUCUACAUCCCACUCAUGCUUCUGUGCUAUGAUCAGCGUGCGCAGACAGCCAAGACCUACCCCAGCACUACCGUUUUCGCACUUCAGCACCUGGCAAUUUUCGUCCUCAGUAUUGCCGGCUUGCUUGGGAUAUCAGCUCUCCUUAUUGGGGACUUUAGAUCGUUUGUUUCUGCUACAUAUGGGUUCCAGUUGCUUGUCCCGGACCUAACGCCCAAUGUUGGUCUUUGGUGGUACUUCUUCAUCGAGAUCUUCGACUCCUUUCGCGAAUUCUUCCUCGGGGUCUUUUGGCUCCACUUGGCCUCUUACAUGGGCGGUCUUACGAUACGCUUAAGAAGACAGCCUCUGUUCGUGCUGAGCUCCCUGCUGGGAAUCUUUGCCGUCUUCAAGCCCUACCCCAGCAUAUCUGACGCCUCGCUGUACUUUGCACUCCUCCCGCUGUACCGACAUCUAUUCCCUCUAAUGCGCUAUACCUUCUUCGCCGUCUCGGCGUUGCUCUACGCCACGCUCCUGGGACCGGCAUUUUACCACCUAUGGAUCUACGCCGGCUCAGGCAACGCCAACUUCUUCUACGCCAUCACUCUCGUCUGGAGCUUAGGGCUUUCCAUCCUGCUGGCCGACACGAUCUUCGCCGCCCUCCGCGACGAAUGGGAGUACGACAACCCCGAAGUACGGGGCAAGGACGUGAAGCAAGUGUAAAUUAAUCUAUCUAUGUCUUAUACACAGUACAGUAG